ACCCCCUCCCCUUUCUAUCCGCCCCUUCGCGCCUCUUCCGACUGUCACUUAGCUUGGAGGCAGGAGGCGUGCGUUGGGGGAGGGGCGUGCCGAGCGAAGUUUUUUUUUUUAAAAAUGGAGCCCUGUUCCUGUGACACUUUUGUGGCAUUACCUCCUGCGACAGUUGAUAAUAGGAUUAUUUUUGGAAAAAACUCAGAUAGACUCUGCGAUGAAGUACAAGAGGUUGUUUACUUUCCAGCUGCAGUGCAUGAUAAUUUGGGAGAACAGCUUAAGUGUACUUAUAUAGAAAUCGACCAAGUUCCUGAAACUUACGCUGUUGUCCUUAGUCGCCCAGCUUGGUUGUGGGGGGCAGAAAUGGGAGCCAAUGAACAUGGAGUUUGCAUUGGGAAUGAAGCUGUAUGGGGAAGAGAAGAAGUUUGUAAUGAGGAAGCACUACUAGGCAUGGACCUUGUCAGACUUGGUCUUGAAAGAGCUGAUACAGCUGAAAAAGCCCUUAAUGUCAUUGUUGAUUUAUUAGAAAAAUAUGGCCAGGGUGGAAACUGUACAGAGGGUAGCAUGGAAUUUAGCUAUCACAACAGUUUCCUGAUAGCUGAUAGGAAAGAAGCCUGGAUUCUGGAGACUGCAGGGAAGUACUGGGCAGCAGAAAAAGUACAAGAGGGAGUUCGUAACAUUUCUAAUCAGCUUUCUAUAACAACCAAGAUUGAUCGGGAACACUCAAACAUGAGAAGCUAUGCCAAGCAGAAAGGUUGGUGGAAUGGCAAAAAGGAGUUUGAUUUUGCUGCAACAUAUUCUUAUCUCAACACGGCCAAGAUGAUGACUUCAUCAGGCAGGUACUGUGAAGGCUACAAGCUUCUGAAUAAACAUAAAGGAAACAUAACUUUUGAAACAAUGAUGGAAAUUCUGAGAGAUAAACCAAGUGGCAUUAAUAUGGAAGGAGAAUUCCUGACCACUGCAAGCAUGGUUUCUAUUUUACCUCAAGAUUCCAGCCUUCCUUGCAUUCACUUCUUUACAGGGACUCCUGAUCCUGAAAGAUCUGUUUUUAAGCCUUUCAUAUUUGUGCCACAUAUUUCACAACUAUUAUAUACCAGUUCACCAACAUUUGAACUUGAAGAUCCAGUUAAAAAGAGGCCACAAUUUAAGAUUAAGCCUGAUAGAAGACACCCACUCUACCAAGAACAUCAACAGGCAUUGGAAAUCAUGGAUAAUAAUGAGGAAAAAGCCAAAACAAUGUUGGACAACAUGAAGAAGCUGGAGAAGGAACUAUUCAAAGAGAUGGAAUCAGUCCUCCUAAACAAGCAUCUUGAUGUGGAUAAAAUUGUUAAUCUUUUUCCUCAGUGUGCAAAAGAUGAAAUUAGCAUUUAUAAGUCGAAUAUUAGUUCUUAGUGAUAACAUGCAUGGUUGGAAAUCUUCCUCAUAGAUCGCCUUGCUAAACAACAUAAACCUACUUUGAGCAAAUCUGAUUAUUCCUUAAUAGCAUUCAGGUGAUAUCUAGACUAUUAAAAUUAGUUUUCUAAGACACUGAGAAACAGGGAAGAGGGAGAGAAUGGAGGCAGGGGGCAGGGGGAGAAAUGACCCAAACAAUGUAUGCACAUGUGAAUAAAUGGAUAAUUAAAAAAAAGAUACUGAGAAACAAAACAUUGGACUAGAACACAUAGAGUUAUGCUAUUUCUUUUAGUCACAAUAACUGUCAAUAAUUAAUAUUCAAUUCUGUACAUAACACGAAGCAUUAACAUGAUUCAUGUUAAUUAUAAUUGUGUUAUUAGAAUUCUGUAGUGCCCUCAAGCCAUUUUUUUCAAUUUUAUUAAGAAGUCAGAUUUCUUUUUUUUUUAGUAAUGGAAAAUAUCUCAAAUUGUGUUCUUGUGCUUUCAGCAAAAAUGAACAAGAACAAUUUUUAGAUUUUUCACAUUCUUUGUAAUGACACUAACUGUAUUUUGCAAAUAUACUUUUAUUAAAUUCAAAUAUGCUCUUUGUCAAUAGUUGGCUGGCCAGUGAAUUUGUAGCUGUAUCAUCUAGCCUCCCUCUUGCUGUCUUGGAAACCACUGAUCUUUUGUCUUCAUAAUUUAGCUUUUUCCAGAAUGUUCUGUGGUUAGAAUCAUACAGGAUGUAGCCUUUUCAGAUUGGUUUAACUUACUAGUAAUAUGCAUUGAAGGUUCUUCUGUGUUUUUUCCUGGCUUGAUAGCUCAUUUCUUUUUAGCACUGAUGAGUAUCCCUUGUUGAUGCAGCACUACUAAAGGACAUUAGUUUUUUCCAAGUUUUGGCAAUGAUGAAUAAACCUAUAAACAUCAUUGUACGUGUUCCUGUGUGGAUGUAAAUUUUCAACUCACUUUGGGUAAAAAUAAUAAUUGCUGAAUCAUAUGGUAAAUGUAUGUUUAGUUUUAUAAUAACCUGCUGAACUCUCCAGAGUGGCUACCAUUUUGUAUUCGUAGCAGUGUUGCUCCACAUCCUUGUCAGCACUUGUUGCUGCCAGUGUUUUGGACUUUGGCCAUUUUAAUAGACCUGUGGUUGUUUUCAUUUUAAUUUGUAAUUUCUAACAACAUGUGACAUUGAGUAUCUUCAUAUGCUUAUUUGCUAUCUUAAUAUCUUCUUUGAUGAGGUAUCUGUUCAGAUCUUUUGCCCAGUUUUUAAUCAGGUGUUCAUUUUCUUAUUGACUAAAAUGCUUUUUCUUUUCUUUUAAUCAUCUCUCCAUGUGUUGAGAUUCUGAAAUGCUUUUAAAGACUUGUUCUUAGGUUAAUGUCUCAAUCUUUAAUAAAUACCAAUGAGAUAUCAUGCUGCUCUGUCCGCCCCCUGUAUAGAUCAUAUUAUACUUUUACCAUUGGUUUUAAGUUUCAACUAUGCUGCUCUUUCAAGUCCUUCAAUGUACCUUGAAUGUACUGGCUUGCACCACUUAUCCCAUGUGCUUCCCUUUAUGUACGUAGUUCUUUUCAUACUUUAGAAUUUUGCCAAGAAAAGUUUUCCACAUACAACCAGGUCAGGUCUCUUGUAUAUACUCUUGGAGCUAAUGUUAUCCUGAUUCCAAAUUAAUUGCACAUUUAACAUCUGUGUUUCACAGUAGAAUAGUCUCUAUGAGGGUAAUAGUCAUAUUUGUUCUUAUUGUUUUGUGCCUAGUGGUCAGUAUGGUAUCUGGCACAAUAAACAUCUGUUAAAUGAAUAUCCAAGUACUGAUAAAAAUAAUCUACACAACCCUCUUCUCUGUCUAUAGAAAUGUAAGGUUGAGAAAAUUAGCUAGACAGUCUAUCUGUACAACUUACUAGUCUUUGAUAAAGUCUCAAGUCAACCUGUCUCCUCUUUUCCCUAUUAAAAAUGGGAGUAACUCCUGUGGUAAAAGCAAGGAUUAUUGUAAAGAUAUAUGAAUUAAUUUAUAAAGCAGCUUGAGAGAUUUUCACGUAUAAAUUCCAACAUGGUAUUUGGGCUGUGGGUACUUGUGUG